CCGCCCCCCUCCCCGCCCAGAGGCGCCCCGGGGGCACCAUGCAGGCGCAGCAGCUGCCGUACGAGUUUUUCAGCGAGGAGAACGCGCCCAAGUGGCGGGGGCUGCUGGUGCCCGCGCUGAAAAAGGUUCAAGGGCAAGUUCAUCCUACACUUGAAUCUAAUGAUGAUGCUCUUCAGUAUGUUGAAGAAUUAAUCUUGCAAUUAUUAAAUAUGCUAUGCCAAGCUCAGCCCCGAAGUGCUGCUGAUGUAGAGGAACGUGUUCAAAAAAGUUUCCCUCAUCCAAUUGAUAAAUGGGCAAUAGCUGAUGCCCAGUCAGCUAUUGAGAAGAAGAAGCGAAGAAACCCUUUAUCUCUCCCAGUAGAAAAAAUUCAUCCUUUAUUAAAGGAGGUCCUAGGUUAUAAAAUUGACCACCAGGUUUCUGUUUACAUAGUAGCAGUAUUAGAAUACAUUUCUGCAGACAUUUUAAAGCUGGUGGGGAAUUACGUACGAAAUAUCCGGCAUUAUGAAAUUACAGAACAAGAUAUUAAGGUGGCAAUGUGUGCUGAUAAGGUAUUGAUGGAUAUGUUUCAUCAAGAUGUAGAAGAUAUAAAUAUAUUAUCUUUAACUGAUGAAGAGCCUUCCACCUCAGGAGAGCAAACUUACUAUGACUUAGUAAAAGCAUUUAUGGCAGAAAUUCGACAAUAUAUAAGGGAACUAAAUCUAAUUAUAAAAGUUUUUAGAGAGCCCUUUGUCUCCAAUUCAAAAUUGUUUUCAGCUAAUGAUGUAGAAAAUAUAUUUAGUCGUAUAGUAGACAUACAUGAACUUAGUAUAAAGUUACUGGGCCAUAUAGAAGAUACUGUAGAAAUGACAGAUGAAGGCAGUCCUCAUCCAUUAGUAGGAAGCUGUUUUGAAGACUUAGCAGAGGAACUGGCAUUUGACCCAUAUGAAUCAUAUGCUCGAGAUAUUUUACGACCUGGUUUCCAUGAUCGUUUCCUUAGUCAGUUAUCAAAGCCUGGGGCGGCACUCUAUUUGCAGUCAAUAGGUGAAGGUUUCAAGGAAGCUGUUCAAUAUGUUUUACCCAGGCUACUUCUAGCCCCUGUUUACCACUGUCUACAUUACUUUGAGCUUUUGAAGUUAGAAGAAAAGAGUGAAGAUCAAGAAGACAAGGAGUGUUUGAAACAAGCAAUAACAGCGUUGCUUAAUGUUCAGAGUGGUAUGGAAAAAAUAUGUUCUAAAAGUCUUGCAAAACGAAGACUGAGUGAAUCUGCAUGUCGGUUUUAUAGUCAGCAAAUGAAGGGGAAACAACUAGCAAUCAAGAAAAUGAACGAGAUUCAGAAGAAUAUUGAUGGUUGGGAGGGAAAAGACAUUGGACAGUGUUGCAAUGAGUUUAUAAUGGAAGGAACUCUUACACGUGUAGGCGCCAAACAUGAAAGACACAUAUUUCUCUUUGAUGGCUUAAUGAUUUGCUGUAAAUCAAAUCACGGGCAGCCAAGACUUCCUGGUGCUAGCAAUGCAGAAUAUCGUCUUAAAGAAAAGUUUUUUAUGAGAAAGGUACAAAUUAAUGACAAAGAUGACACCAAUGAGUACAAGCAUGCUUUUGAAAUAAUUUUAAAAGAUGAAAAUAGUGUUAUUUUUUCUGCCAAGUCAGCUGAAGAGAAAAACAAUUGGAUGGCAGCACUGAUAUCUUUACAGUACCGGAGUACACUGGAAAGGAUGCUUGAUGUAACAAUGCUACAGGAAGAGAAGGAGGAGCAGAUGAGGCUCCCUAGUGCUGAUGUUUAUAGAUUUGCAGAGCCUGACUCUGAAGAGAAUAUAAUAUUUGAAGAAAACAUGCAGCCCAAGGCUGGAAUUCCAAUUAUCAAAGCAGGAACUGUUAUUAAACUUAUAGAAAGGCUUACAUACCAUAUGUAUGCAGAUCCCAAUUUUGUUCGGACAUUUCUUACAACGUACAGAUCCUUUUGUAAACCUCAAGAACUACUGAGUCUUAUAAUAGAAAGGUUUGAAAUUCCAGAACCUGAGCCAACAGAAGCUGAUCGCAUAGCUAUAGAAAAUGGAGAUCAACCCUUGAGUGCAGAACUAAAAAGAUUUAGAAAAGAAUAUAUACAACCUGUACAACUGCGAGUAUUAAAUGUUUGUCGGCAUUGGGUAGAGCACCACUUCUAUGAUUUUGAAAGAGAUGCAGAUCUUUUACAACGAAUGGAGGAAUUUAUUGGAACAGUAAGAGGUAAAGCAAUGAAAAAAUGGGUUGAAUCCAUCACUAAGAUAAUCCAAAGGAAAAAAAUUGCAAGAGACAAUGGACCAGGUCAUAAUAUUACAUUUCAGAGUCCACCACCCACAGUUGAGUGGCAUAUAAGCAGACCUGGGCAUAUAGAGACUUUUGACCUGCUCACGUUACACCCAAUAGAAAUUGCUCGACAACUCACUUUACUUGAAUCGGAUCUAUACCGAGCUGUACAGCCAUCAGAAUUAGUUGGAAGUGUGUGGACAAAAGAAGACAAAGAAAUUAAUUCUCCUAAUCUUCUGAAAAUGAUCCGGCAUACCACUAAUCUCACUCUGUGGUUUGAGAAAUGUAUUGUAGAAACUGAAAACUUAGAAGAAAGAGUAGCUGUGGUGAGUCGAAUAAUUGAGAUUCUACAAGUCUUUCAGGAGCUGAACAACUUCAAUGGUGUCCUUGAGGUUGUCAGUGCUAUGAACUCAUCACCUGUGUACAGGCUAGACCACACAUUUGAGCAAAUACCAAGUCGACAAAAGAAAAUUUUAGAAGAAGCUCAUGAAUUGAGUGAAGAUCACUAUAAGAAAUAUUUGGCAAAACUCAGGUCUAUCAAUCCACCAUGUGUGCCUUUCUUUGGAAUUUAUUUAACUAAUAUAUUAAAAACAGAAGAAGGCAACCCUGAGGUCCUAAAAAGGCAUGGGAAAGAACUUAUAAACUUUAGCAAGAGGAGGAAAGUAGCAGAAAUAACAGGAGAGAUCCAGCAGUACCAAAAUCAGCCUUACUGUUUACGAGUAGAAUCAGAUAUCAAAAGGUUCUUUGAAAACUUAAAUCCAAUGGGAAAUAGCAUGGAAAAAGAAUUUACAGAUUAUCUUUUCAACAAAUCCCUAGAAAUAGAACCACGAAACCCUAAGCCUCUCCCAAGAUUUCCAAAAAAAUAUAGCUAUCCCCUAAAAUCUCCUGGUGUUCGUCCAUCAAACCCAAGACCAGGUACCAUGAGACAUCCCACACCUCUGCAACAGGAGCCAAGGAAAAUUAGUUAUAGUAGGAUCCCUGAAAGUGAAACAGAAAGUACAGCAUCUGCACCAAAUUCUCCAAGAACACCGUUAACACCUCCUCCUGCUUCUGGUGCCUCCAGUACCACAGAUGUUUGCAGCGUAUUUGAUUCUGAUCAUUCGAGCCCUUUUCACUCAAGCAGCGAUACCGUCUUUAUCCAAGUUACACUACCCCAUGGCCCAAGAUCUGCUUCAGUAUCAUCUAUAAGUUUAACCAGGGGCACUGAUGAAGUGCCUGUCCCCCCUCCUGUUCCUCCACGAAGAAGACCAGAAUCUGCCCCAGCAGAAUCUUCCCCUUCUAAGAUUAUGUCUAAGCAUUUGGACAGCCCCCCAGCAAUUCCUCCUAGGCAACCCACAUCAAAAGUCUAUUCACCACGAUAUUCAAUAUCAGACCGGACCUCUCUAUCAGACCCUCCUGAAAGCCCUCCCAUAUUACCACCACGAGAACCUGUGAGGACACCUGAUGUUUUCUCAAGCUCACCACUACAUCUCCAACCUCCCCCUUUGGGCAAAAAAAGUGACCAUGGCAAUGCCUUCUUCCCAAACAGCCCUUCCCCCUUUACACCACCUCCUCCUCAAACACCUUCUCCUCAUGGCACGAGAAGGCAUCUGCCGUCACCGCCACUGACACAAGAAGUGGACCUUCAUCCCAUUGCUGGGCCGCCAGUUCCUCCACGACAGAGCACUUCUCAGCAUAUCCCUAAACUCCCUCCAAAAACUUACAAAAGGGAGCACACACACCCAGCCAUGCACAGAGACGCACCACCACUGCUGGAGAAUGCCCAUUCUUCCUGAGUUCCUCUGACUGGGAUGUACAUUUUCCUAGCUCCAGAUCCAUUGCUGGCAAUGGAUGCACUGAACGUGCCAGCACUGAGGAGUUACAAUGGGAACUCCAAACACUAACGACUCUACUUCAAGAUGCAGUAUAAGACAAUGAAUUUUAACCUAGACAUAAUUAUAAAAUGAAAAUGGUUUUCCAAUUUAGAAUAUAGAAAGACUGAUCUAGAGGAACUGGACAACUGAUUACAGCUUAAAAUCAAGUAAAGGGACUUUUUCCGGCCAAUAGGCAGGAGUCCUCUUCUUGUGAAGUGAUCUUUAUCAUCAAAGGGAUGGGAAACACAAUCUAGUGUCCAGCAGCCCACAUGAUGACAGUUUUUGUAAUUCAAAAUAUUAUGCAUUUUUAAAAAAAUCUUAAACAGGGAUCUUAUCCUCCUUUGUUUCCUUUGCUUUAAUCUUUCUGUUUUAGAAUAUUUUCUUAAAAAUCACUUAAAGGACUGUGAGGAAAGGCUGUGGUACCUGACCUUGUUGGAAUCAAGGCCCAGCACUGUACUACAGUCCUGUUUACAGAUUAUUACAGUGAAUCGAAUGGGUACCGAGGCUUCACCAAAGAGGUACUUUUUUUUUUUUUUUUAAAGAAUAAUUAUACCAAUUUUAAGACCAUUCCCUAAUCCUUCCCCCCAUACACACACACACACACACACACACACACACACAAAAUGUGGUGGUGUUGCCUUCAGACAAGAGAAGUUUUGUGUCAUUAACAUGACAGAAGAACUUUUUUAAAAAUGUAACUGUCAAGUAUACAAUUUACAUUUAGGAGACUGUUAAUCUAUUCUAGAUCGUCAUUUUCCCCCCUUCUCCCACAAAGGUUUACUGGUAAUCCGUGUCAUGGCUCGUAGCUGUCCCUCCAACCAUACCAUGGAAAUGCAACCACCCAAUGUGAAAAGGAGCACUUGCUGGGCAUCACUGACACCGGUCAUGUUUUACUAAUAGUUGGGAAUCAGCAUAUCUAGAAUUACCUUGCAUUGCCUAAAUCAUGUGUAUAUAGUGAAUGUUACAUAAUAUACCUGGCAGGUCUGUUUUAAUUUAAUUGAAUAAAGAUACAAAUACUUUGAAAA